UGGGGGGAGGACAGGAGGGGAGGAGGAGGGAGGGGGACCCCCGAGUCGCCCCCUCUCCUCCCCCCGCCCCCCCCCUGGCUCCAUCCUCCGCCGCCGCCCGAGCAGCUGCGGGGCCGCCGCCGCCGCCUUUGCAGGCUGAGUCAUCACUAGAGAGUGGGAAGGGCAGCAGCAGCAGAGAAUCCAAACCCCAAAGCUGGUAUCACAAAGUACCAUUUCUUCAAGUUGGGGGCUCAGAGGGGAGCCAUCAUGAGCGAUGUUACCAUUGUGAAAGAAGGUUGGGUUCAGAAGAGGGAGUCCUCUUUGGUGGAGUCCACAGGAGGAGAGGAAGCACAGGAUUCAUAAGAUGGCGGGCGGGAGAGUAUAUAAAAAAUUGGAGACCAAGAUAUUUCCUUUUGAAGACAGAUGGCUCAUUCAUAGGAUAUAAAGAAAAACCUCAAGAUGUGGAUUUACCUUAUCCCCUUAACAACUUUUCAGUGGCAAAAUGCCAGUUAAUGAAAACAGAACGACCAAAGCCAAACACAUUUAUUAUCAGAUGUCUCCAGUGGACUACUGUUAUAGAAAGAACAUUUCAUGUCGAUACUCCAGAGGAAAGAGAAGAAUGGACGGAAGCUAUCCAAGCAGUAGCAGACAGACUUCAGAGGCAAGAAGAGGAGCGAAUGAAUUGUAGUCCAACUUCACAGAUUGAUAAUAUAGGGGAGGAAGAGAUGGAUGCAUCUACAACUCAUCAUAAAAGAAAGACAAUGAAUGAUUUUGACUAUUUGAAACUGCUAGGUAAAGGCACUUUUGGGAAAGUUAUUUUGGUUCGAGAAAAGGCAAGUGGGAAAUAUUAUGCUAUGAAGAUUCUGAAGAAAGAAGUUAUUAUUGCAAAGGAUGAAGUGGCACACACUCUAACUGAAAGCAGAGUAUUAAAGAACACUAGACAUCCUUUUUUAACAUCCUUGAAAUAUUCCUUCCAGACAAAAGACCGUUUGUGUUUUGUGAUGGAAUAUGUAAAUGGGGGAGAGCUGUUUUUCCAUUUGUCGAGAGAGCGGGUGUUCUCUGAGGACCGCACACGUUUCUAUGGUGCAGAAAUUGUGUCUGCCUUGGACUAUCUACAUUCUGGAAAAAUUGUGUAUCGUGAUCUCAAGUUGGAAAAUCUGAUGCUUGAUAAAGAUGGCCACAUAAAAAUUACAGAUUUUGGACUUUGCAAAGAAGGAAUCACAGAUGCAGCCACCAUGAAGACAUUCUGUGGUACACCAGAAUAUCUGGCACCAGAGGUAUUAGAAGAUAAUGACUAUGGUCGAGCUGUUGAUUGGUGGGGCCUAGGGGUUGUCAUGUAUGAAAUGAUGUGUGGGAGGUUACCUUUCUACAACCAGGAUCAUGAGAAACUUUUUGAACUAAUACUAAUGGAAGACAUUAAAUUUCCUCGAACACUCUCUUCAGAUGCAAAAUCAUUGCUUUCAGGGCUCUUGAUAAAGGAUCCAAAUAAACGCCUUGGAGGAGGACCAGACGAUGCAAAAGAAAUUAUGAGACACAGUUUUUUCUCUGGAGUAAACUGGCAAGAUGUAUAUGAUAAAAAGCUUGUACCUCCUUUUAAGCCUCAAGUAACAUCUGAGACAGAUACCAGAUAUUUUGAUGAAGAAUUUACAGCUCAAACUAUUACAAUAACACCACCUGAGAAAUAUGAUGAGGAUGGUAUGGACUGCAUGGACAAUGAGAGGCGGCCGCACUUCCCUCAGUUUUCCUACUCUGCAAGUGGACGAGAAUAAGUCUCUCAUUCUGCUACUUCACUGUCAUCUUAGAUUUAUUACUUAAAAUGAUUCCUGAAUAUCACACCAGUCCUAGCUCUUACCAAUAGCAGGAGCGCCUUCAGACAUCCCAGACCAAUCAAAGGUCUUCACCUCUCGCCACCUUUCACCCACAUGAGAACACACAUAAUGCGAAAGCACACUCGUCUUUUUGUUUUUGCAUGAAAUUGUAUCUCAGUCUAAGGUCUCAUGCUGUUGCUGCUACUGUCUUACUAUUAUAGCAACCUUAAGGGGUAAUUUUACAAUCUUUAGAAGUCAUGAGCCCACCAUUGUGAACCAAUUUUCAUGUUUUGAUCUUUGGUUUUUGUUUCUCCCUAACAGUGAAGGCUAAAUGAGAUACACUGACUCUAGGUACAUUUUUUAACUUUCUAGAGGAUAAAUUAAAAAUAAUUAGACUAAGAAGUUCAUAAUUCAAAACAAGCAAUUGUGGAAGGGUGGUGAUGUGCGUAUGCAAAAUUUUAGUAAGCCUAAAGUAGGUGUCUAUCACUGAGAUCUGUCUGGAAUUCGUUAGGAAGCAUUGAGAGAAGGACUGAACAACUGUUGGGAUAGAGUUUAAGUUCCCAUUGGAUACUGCAGAGGAAGCCCAGUAUUACAUGUCGACAUCCAGGUUUCAUGAGCAGUCGUGGGCAAGUGAACAUUAUUCUGCCAAGGAAGGAAGCAUAUGCACAGCAGAGUCAAGGUCACUUAAAAAAAUCUCAUGACACGAUUUGCACCAGAGAACAUUUUCCCCCAUGCUUGGAGAUCUUUUCCCUUCUUGAUAUUUAUCACCUCUGAUGGCUGAAGAAUGUAGACAGGUUUUAAAGAUCCUGCUUUUCACCAAAUGUGUACACCAAGGUAAACAGAUGUUUGCCUUCUUUGUUUUACGUUUUUUACUUUCAGAUCUACGUGAAUUAGCUUUUUCUCAGAUGUUAAAACUUUGAAUGUCCUUUAUGAUUUUGUUUAUACGGCAGUAGUAUUUAUUUUUUAGUGAUGAUAAUUGUAUGUCAUGUUAGCAAAUGCAGCUCCAACUUAACGUAAAUAGACUUACUGCAGUUUAUUGAUCCAUGUGCAAGGAAUGUACAUGCUGAUGAGAAUCAUGCACUUUUUCUCCUGUGUGAAAAUGUUUUGAUGGGACUCUGAAACUGUACAUAUUGGUUAGAAUUUGGCUUUGGGAGAAGAGAUGCUGUUUAACCCCUUGGUGCUAAAAAAAAAAGAGAGAGAGAGAAAAUCCCCACUAUCCCAGCCAAGGGGUUAAAGGAACAAAUGGAUGUUGGUGUGUGCUCAUUUGAGACUCUAAAUGUUAUGACGACUUGGCAACAUAAUGUAUUGAGGAAAACUGAGGCCUGAGCGAUAAGAAAUGUAUGUUACUUGGCAAAAUGAACACAUCUUAAGUAAGCUGUAAAGGUUAAGAACCUGGUGUGUUUAUUCUGAUCAUGGUACAUUUAUCACUGAAUUAAGCCAUCAGGGAAAAAAAAGAACACCUCCAACUUUUCUUUUUCUGUAUAUACUCAUGUCCCCAAAUUCCAACAUUUCUCACUGAAAGGGGACAUGUAUGCAAACCUCAUCUUUCUCCUUCAUUAAUGAUGAUCUUCAGAUUAAACCCUUUGGUGCUAGGAGCUGACAUUUUCCAAAGCAGCCUAUGAAGUCCAAGGAGCUGGGGUCUCUUCUUGCAGCAAGCAGAAGGCAACUUGGCUCCAUGGAAUGAUCAUGGAAAUGUAUUUUAGUUUAACUAUCUGACAGCUCCCAAAUGGAAGACUACAGCAUGAUGCAGUAUUAUGACUGCCUCGUAAGAAAGAGCAAGUGACUUUCUAAGUAGGAUGAAUCAUAUUCAUAUGCAGAUGUCUUAGCCUCUUGAAGCUGGAUGUGUGGAUUAUAGAUAUGAAACCACUGCUGGCGGUGGGGGACCACUGGGAUUGCAGGGGGGUUAAAGGGCAUUUUACUAAGGCAGCUAAGACAUAUUCAGACAUAGAUUUUAUCCUAAUUUUUCAUAUUUCUACCUGAGUGAAGUUCAUCCUUAGUGUUGAGUGGGAAGUUACAAUAAAUGGUAGUUCAUUUUUAUUUACACAUAUAGCUUAACUGUUUUUUCACUCAGAACUAUGUUGAAUGUUUUACUUUGACAAGAAAGUAGAAUAGAAGGUAUGCCUGUAAGUUGUCUUGCAUCCAUCAAAUUAAAGAGAAACAGGUGAGAGGAAGUGAAGAAUGCUGAGACUGGCUGGUGUUCAGAGCAUUCAUUCUUUUGGAGGGAAAAUGUGAUACCAUACACUAAGCAUAUUGAUAACUUAUUUUCACUCUCUCUCAAGUGAUUUCCAUGAAUCUGGCCAAGGACACUUACUAUAAACUAGUGACUGCAUUUAUAGGGCCCAGGCUAGCCCAGCCAGUGAGUACCUGUGGCCCAUUCCAUCCAGUUCCAUUUGUGUCUUGAAAGAUGUUUUCUUGGCUUUCGCUUUGAAAAUCCUGACUUUCACUCCCAGAUCUCAAUCAACUGGCCUGGAGGAAAAAUAGGAAAACAAGAAAUGUGUGUAAAAGACUUCUAAAACUUCCCUUAUUAUGCACAUAGCAUUAGGAUUUUGGCAGAUGGAAAGGCCUGACCUGAAAUCAUUCUAUUAGAACACAGUUUAGACUCCAAAUUCAUCUUGUUCUCUUUACCCUCUUGUCAUAAUGCAGCCAUCUCAGAGGAAGUUGGUCAUUUCUGCAUGGAUUUUUUGGCAGGGUUACUCACAGCUUUGCUUUCUAUACUAAUUCCAUAGCAUUAUUCCAGUAUUGUUUUUCCAUUUUCAUACCUAAUUUCUGGCUUCUUAAAGCUGACUGUUCUUGCAGGGGCCACUUGCUUCUCCUAGAAUACAAAAGUGAGGGCCUUCCUUACUAACUGCAGGGUCUCUAUAUUACACCUCAGUGUACACACUUUGCUGCUACAGUUUGUACUGUCUACAGUAGAAUUUCCUUAUCUUGCUCCUGGUAGUGCAUUACAGGCAAGCAUGAAAUGUAAAGUAUUUAUUUAAAUAAAAAGAAAACCUCUAAAUUGGUAAUUGAAUUACCUCCCUGUAGCUUUAUAGUUUGUGACAUUUCUUGACCUUGCUAGUUCUCAUUAGAUCCACACAAGAUCUAGUCCUCUGGUUAAGGAUUUUAAGCAGACGCAAUUAUGAACCCAAGAAACUGUAUUACUAUUACUGUUGGUCAUACUAAAACUGUUUAUUUCCUUAAGUAUAUGACCCACAAGGAUGUGAAAUAACUACAAGAAACUGUUUUUGUACACUGUACAUCCUUAGUAUUUUUACACGUAUAUGAUAGGGAUGCACAUUAUUUUCCUUCGUACAGACAGCUUAAAUAAAGCACUAUGUCAAUCUGAUACUUCUCUGUUUAUUGUUGUUGGAUGUGGUUCUGUAGUCUCAGAAAUUAACUAUUACCUUUUCUGAAGAAAAAAAAUUUUUAAUAGUUCCACCUGGUAUUAACCUUCCCUGUAUAGAAUGUGAUAGGAAAAUAUGUAAAUUUCAUAUAUCUCAAAACACACACCGGGUUAUUUUAUUAUUUCAAUAAGAUGCCAAUAGUGCAGUCAUACAAACUUUGAUGAAGGGCUACUUCCAAUGAGAAGAAGCUAUUUCCAUUGGGGAGAAGCACUGGGUUUCCUAAAAAAUCUGCUAUUGAUGCCAGAGACCCUAAAAGUCUUCACAAAAAAUGGUUUGAAUUUGGAAGUCUUAGGGAGUGUGGCUCAUCAGUAUGUCUUCCUGAUAAUGUGUUGCUUGGCAUACUUCCUUUUUUAGAGUAUAUUUUUAAACUUCAUGGCAAAUUAACAAGCAGACCUGGGUAAUAGAUAGGACGGCUGGAGUACAAUAUGAUUUACCUAAGUCAUUUUGGUUGGGGCCUUUUUCUGAUUUUACCUCAUAAACCUACUAUUGUAGAAACUUGGCUUUGCUCCUGUGACUAAGCCAGAGAAGAGGAAUGGCUUUGGGACCAAAGUUAGUCAGGCAUAUAUGUGUAUGUCACACAAUCACAGGCAUGUAUGUGUACGUCACACAGCCAAAUUUGAGGGCAUUCUCACAUGUGCUCUUCUCUCAAAAACCACUGGGGUUGACAGAUGCAGGAGGCUAAAAUAAAGUGACCUCUAUAAGUCUUUAAAGGUGCUAUUUUUAGAAUAUUGUAUAAUUUAUUUACUGUAUUCCUAAAACAGAAUUAGGGACAAUUAACAUAUCUUAUGUGACAGCCUUUAUGUCCAGCGCAUUUGAUGAAAUCAAAAACUUCUGAAAUAUAAAGAGAAGUUCUAUUCUUUUAGGCUUGAACCUUUUUCAUGCUCAAGAAACUCAAAUGGUCUUUUCAUCUGUAUCAUCCCACUUCCUCCAAAGCCUAAUCCACAUCCAUUCUGAGAGGCCGUGAAGAUGCUAGACUGCUGGCAGGAGAAUAGUCUAAGGUCAGGGACUUGUCCCAACUCAGCCUUGCCCCCAGUGUUCCACUGUCAUCCUCAAAGACAACCCAGCAUUCUCAGCACCCAUUUUUGUUACUUUAAAGCAUUUGAGGGCUUAACUGUGUACAGUAGAAAUACUAUUUUAAACUAAAAUAAUGAUCUGUGUACAGAUAUUUGAUAGAACUCAAGUAAAUUUUGUAAUUUCACUAAGUACGUUUCUAGGGUCCUCUCAAAUAAUGCAUAUUGAAGAAGAAACCUGACACCACCGAGCCAAAGAUGCUUUUUUUUGUCUGUUUUUCUUAACAGAAUAGAGAGAAUAAUGCUUAGUGCUUCCUGGGUCUCCUGAUUGUGCACAAAGUAGCAGAAUGAUAAAUGGUGGAGUCUUAACAGGAUGUUGGUUAAAAGGUGAACAAAGCUGAAGGAUGAUCACAAAGAGGGAAAGAAACACGAAUGGCAGGAAAAAAGUCUAGUCCUUAAUAACCUUUGGCCUAAUUAAAAUGUGCCUUUUUGGUGUGUUUUGUUCAUCAUUACCAGGUAUAAAGAAAAUAUUACAAUCCAAGUCUUUAAAAAGUUCAUUUACUGAAAUUCAUAUGUGUACUAUAGCAUACAACUGAGCAGAUUUAAAAACAUAAACUUCAAGCCAUUUCUGAAACCUUAUGCCAGGAGGUCUUCUCAUCUAGUUUCCGAUUUCAUCUAGCCCGUCCAUCAAUGCAGGGAUCACUCGGCAGCUAAAGUGGCAAUGACGACGCAGCCUGCUGCAGUCCGAGGUGGUGUCUGCUGGGAAGGUCGCGGUGCAUUUUGGCAUAUUACGUGCAAAUCAGAUGAAUGUAAAUAUUUCUUUGUAAAUCAUUUAUUUCACUGUUUCAUCCAGGUCAGCAAUCAGAUUGUGGCAUGCUGGGUAACUGGAAAAAAUGACAAUAAAAUAAAUUUAAAUAGA